UAGAUAUCGCUAUUUAGAAAAUACAUACGUUGUGCAAUGGAGCACUAGUGUAGAUACUACUAGUAGAUACCACUAUUCCUUAUCAGUACUCUACCAUUACCACUCCAAUCCACAUCACUAUCCACUCUACUCCACUGAUCCACCACUACUACCCUACCAUCGUCACCAUGCUGGUCUACCCAGUCCUGGUGCUAGCCCUAGGUGCCCUAUGGCCGCUGGACUGGACACCUACUAGACUGGACUCACUGAGCCCAGUGACUGGCCACUACCACGAUACUACAUGGGCCAUGGCAGAGAAGGUGACUCAAGGUGAUGAUCCUGGCGAGGAAGUAGUGGUAGUGGAGGGUACUACUAGUGAUGAAGUGGCAAAGAACAAGGAGAGUCCAAAGGGGUGGUUCUCCAGUUGGGGAACGGAUGGAAUAUUACUGGUGGUUUUGUUGGUAGCAUUAGGGAGUGCAUUUUUGGGUGUGGUAGCGUCAGGAUUAGUGAUUGGAAAUAAGGCUGAUAUCUGGUGGACAGCGGGAGCUCUACUACUAUUGAUAGUGGUAAUCAUUGUAUAUAACAGGAAGAUGUUAAUGAAAAAAAUAUUUUGCACGGGGAGCUCUGGAAACUCCCUGAGAAAAAUGACCCCAAAAAAUCUAGAUUAAUAUGCAACAUCCAAGAGGUACACCUGGGUAUGUGCUCUUCAAAC